AUGACCGUCACCGGAGAACCAAACGAUGCAGCAGCAGCUUGCAAUGUCGACGGCUCUGGCAGCAACGCCGUUGUGCGCGCCAUGACAACGAGGUUCGCGUCGCAGCUCAGGCUCACCUGCCCGGCGCUCAACACCGAUAACACCACCAACAACGACAUCCGCACCCCCAACGUCUUCGACAACAAGUACUACGUCGACCUGUUCAACCGCCAGGGACACUUCACCUCCGACCAGGACCUGCACACCGUCGCCAGGACCAAGCCCACGGUCACCAGGUUCGCUGUCGACCAGGCCGCCUUCUUCGACCAGUUCGUCUUCUCCGUCGUCAAGAUGGGGCAGAUCAACGUGCUCACCGGUAACCAGGGACAGAUACGCAACGACUGCUCCGCGCCCAACAAAGGCCGUAGCAACGACGACCUGCCGUGGUCCGUGCUCGAGACCAUCGCCGAGGCCACCGAGAGCUUGGUGUUGUAGAUAUGAUGUGGAUAGGUUGGUUCAGUCGAACCAUCUCUAGCCUACGUACUUUCUUCCC